AUGGGUUCGGAGAUAAUAACGAUGUUUAUUAUGUUAGCUCUGGGUUUCUUCUUCUUGCUUUCAUGGGAGAUCAUGGAUAAGAAAAGAAGCCGCCGUAUGUCGGAAAUGCCACCAGGGCCAAGGAGGUGGCCUGUGGUGGGCAGCAUUUUCCAACUGAUGAUCACCAAAUCUCCGGCCCACCAUACAUUCACCGAAAUGGCGGGUAAGCACGGGCCCAUCAUGACAAUCUGGUUGGGCUCAAUGUGCACUGUGGUCAUCUCGUCGGCCGACGCGGCCCGCGAGAUGUUCAAGAACCACGACGCUGUCCUGGCCGGAAGGAAGUUGUGCCACGCCAUGGAAGGCGGAGAUCUCGGCAACGACGGCUCCAUUAUCACGGCUCAGUACGGUCCCCGGUGGCGCGUGCUGAAGCGUUUGCAAGACGGGGUUUUUUGCCACCGACGCCACGGCGGGGUCGCCGGAGCAUCAGGCACACGCGCUGUUGAUGUUGGGAGAUUGUUUUUCUUGAUGGCGUUUAAUCUUCUGGGAAACCUCAUGUUUUCUAAGGAUCUUUUAUUGGAUCCGGAUUCAGAGACGGCCGAUGCCAGAUUCUUCAACCAUGCAACAAAAGUCACGGAAUUAUUUGGACAACCCAAUGUUGCUGAUUAUUUUCCUACAUUGAAAUGGUUUGAUAUCGAUCCUCAGGGUUUACGGAGAAAGGCACGGUUUCAUGUUAAUGCGGCUUUGGAAAUUGCUGGAUUGUACUUAAGAGAAAGGAUGAUGAAUAUUGAAAGUCAUGAUCAUGAAGGAAGAAGAAAAGGAGAUUAUUUAGAUGUUCUCUUGAGGUACCAAAAUGAUAACAUGGAAGGACCUCUUGCUUUCUCCUCCAAUACGAUCAACCUUAAUGACCAUUGUAAAAAGAAUUUCUUGAAAAUUAAGACAUUGUAG